UACCAUUCCUCACCAUCAACCAUAGUAAUGCCAUUGGCCAUACGGAAAGGUGGGCAAUGUGCGUUCUGUGCAUUCAGAACUUCAGAAUGGUUGGCACCAUCUUGUUGGCAGCCCGUUCAACAGCAGAAUGGAGCCAGACCAUACUCCAGGACGGCUUUUGACAGACCUCUGUCGAGUAGCCCACCAAGAAACAAAAGAUCUCUCACUAAAGGCCGCCUACCCUCAUGCUCACAGCCACCGCACGAUUUUCAAGGGGGAAGGCUGAUGCCGCGGAGCGCAUUGCGAGUUCCCCCAGAACAAGCGGCGCUUGGAACCUACAACCUUUUCCCACGAAUAGAGACGGCAUAUGGUGUAUUCGGGAAGCUUCUGAUAGAACAAGUCGCUCUCCUUAGAAAAAGACUCCAAAAUCGAGAGCAUCGUCUUGUCGCCGCUUGGGGAAUAACAUCGAACCAGGAACUGGAGAGAAAACUCACAAGUUUCGGAGAGAGCAUCGAAGAAUGCACCCGGCAUGCGGAAAAUGGCGUUGUCAGUAAGGCGGACAACCCGCUCUUCUAUCGACUUCGCCAGGCAUUCGUGCUUGGAAACGUCAAGGAGUUGGUUUCGGAAAUGAAAUAUGCAUUCAUUAACUACGUUGUCUCUUCCGGCUUCACCACACAAGACAAGGCGAAUCAGGAAAAAUUAGCAGAUCUCCGAUAUCCAAUAGAGUGGUUUCCAGCGACCAGAGCUAUCCAGCGGACAGUCCAUCUCCAUGUUGGGCCCACCAACUCGGGCAAGACCUACCAUGCGCUACAAAAACUGGAGGCAGCAGCGACAGGUGUAUAUGCUGGACCUUUAAGAUUACUGGCACAUGAAGUGUACUCAAGGUUCAAUGCCAAGGGUAAGCCCUGUGCCCUUGUCACAGGUGAAGAAAGACGGGUACCUGAAGGCAUGACCCAUCUCAUGAGUAGUUGCACUGUGGAGAUGGUUCCUCUCAAUGCUGUAAUGGACGUAGCUGUCAUCGACGAGAUUCAAAUGAUGUCCGACGCAGAACGAGGAUGGGCUUGGACACAAGCUUUCCUAGGCGUCCAGGCCAAGGAGGUCCACCUUUGCGGCGAACUGCGAACCAUCCAACUUGUCACAGAUCUUUGUAAAGCGCUGGGUGACAAGCUCGUGAUCCACCGAUACGAACGACUCAGCCCGCUGAAAACGGAAAAGAAAAGUCUUAAAGGCGACUUGAGACGGCUUGAAAAAGGGGAUGCAGUAAUUCUCUUCUCACGGGUUGCCAUUCAUGCUAUGAAAGCGGAUAUUGAAAAGACCACUGGAAAGCGAUGUGCUGUCGUAUACGGAUCUCUCCCGCCGGAAACCCGCGCCCAGCAAGCUGCUCUCUUCAAUGACCCCAACAACGAUUAUGACUUUCUCGUCGCCAGCGAUGCAGUCGGAAUGGGGUUGAAUUUGAGUAUCAAGCGUGUCAUAUUUGAAGCAACGUCAAAACAUGAUGGCAUUGGUUUCCGACUUAUCAAGACAUCAGAAAUCAAGCAAAUCGCUGGAAGAGCAGGUAGAUACAAGACUGCGAGUGAUGCAAUGAAAAAGGAUACCUUGGAGGUCGCAGGUGAGGAACUUAUGAAAGUUGAUGAGGAGAAGAAGAAGCCGGUCAAAAACAUAGGCCUUGUUACCACCCUCGAGAAUUUUGACUUGCCGAUCGUCAAAAGGGCAAUGGAAACAGAGGUUGAGCCCCUAAAGACAGCAGGGAUAUUUCCACCAGCGAACAUUCUCCUUCGCUUUGCCAACUACUUCCCACCAAAGACGCCUUUCAGUUACAUCGUCCUUCGGCUCCACGAGAUCUCUUCUCUUCACCCAAGCUUUCACCUGUGCCGCCUGAAGGAACAGAUUGAAGUUGCCGAUCUCAUCCAACCGUACAACCUUACGAACAUGGAUCGAAUUGUCUUCAUGAGUGCUCCGGUUGCGAUAAGGGAAGCUGGUUUCUCGGACGUCAUCACAGAGUUCGCAGAUUGUGUCGCAAAGCAGACAGGUGGUGAGCUUCUAGACCUCCAAUCCCUCGAUUUAGAGCUGUUGGAGAUGGACAUCCAUGCACACCCUCAAGGUAGCAAAGGCUACUUGAAGGAAUCAGAAGCUCUGCACAAAGCGCUGACGCUCUAUCUCUGGUUGAGUUAUCGCUUUGCAGGGAUUUUCAGAAGCCAGGCCCUCGCAUUCCAUGUGAAGGGUUUGGUGGAAGAGAAGAUUGAUCAAUGCUUGGGAGAAGUGCACUGGGAUGCAGCUAGGAGGAAGCAGCUCACCAGACUCAGGCAGAAGGCUGUGGAGGAGCAGGUUAUUGAGAUGGAAGCGGCGGAAGACUUGGGGGAGGAUCCUGAUUCGGCAGUUGAGGGAAGAACGCCGAGAGAGAAGGAUGGGUCGGAUGCAGACGAGGCUUUCGAGGACCAAGCUACCGAGAUGACCAGUGAGGGUGCUGAUCGUGAAGUACUUUCUGGGGCAAACGUCUCAAUCCCUCCACCUUCUGAAGGAGCGAAGUACGAUUCCGCUAAUGUGUGAUUACGAUUAGGAGGCUGUGAAUAUGUAACAUAGUAAGCGGGCACGGCGUUUUGACAUAGGGAACCUCUAUUUUGACGCAAAGGGAGAUGGCAGGUGUACGACAGGUUUCGAAAUGUAGCAUAUGGUACUAC